AUGCGCUUGAAAUCUAUGUAUUUGUCGCGCUUGUGUGAACGGAACUUCACUUGUUCCCGACUAGCAAAAACAAGCAAACUACAGUCUGCACCACCGCAAACUUUCGAACUUGAUGGAUUAUCAUUAUCUCCCGAUGAAAAGUGGAAUUUAUCGCCAGCUGUAUUGCGAACAUUGCAAAGGCGUUUGCUUUUCGAAGUUGAUAACCCACUUUGUUUGCUAAAACAACGCAUUGUCAAUUUUAUUUACGGAAAGUAUCAAGUGAAAGGUGGAAUGUCUCCUCAGUUUGCAGUGAUUGAUAAUCAGCCACGAGUAGUUUCUGUAUUUGAUAAUUUUGAUUCCUUGCUUGUACCUGCAAAUCAUAUCAGUCGGAGUGUUCAAGAUACUUACUACAUUAACAAAGACUAUUGCUUAAGAGCACAUACAUCGGCGCAUCAGCAUUCUUUGAUCAGACAAGGCCUGGACAACUUUCUUGUGAUCGGUGAUGUGUAUCGACGUGAUGCAAUUGAUAGCUUUCAUUUUCCAUGUUUCCAUCAGAUAGAAGGUGUGCGCUUGUUUACCGCUGCUGAAUUGUUUGGCGAUUCGCUGGAUCGAAAUCCGAAACCACUUUUUACGAAUGAUAGAAGAACUGAGAAAAAGCAGGGACGACAUACGACAGAUGUCGCAGAAUGCUUGAUUAAAGAUUUAAAGACAACUUUGGAGACUCUCUGCCAUCACAUAUUCGGCACUAAUUAUGACAUGAGAUGGAUUAAAGCAGAUUUUCCAUUCACAUAUCCAUCAUUUGAACUUGAAGUUUAUUAUGAAGAUAGAUGGAUAGAAGUUCUCGGUUGUGGUAUUAUGGAACAGGAUCUUUUGAGAAUGGCUGGCAUUGUGGAUAAAGUCGGUUGGGCGUUUGGCCUAGGCCUUGAAAGACUUGCUAUGGCUUUAUACGGGGUUCCGGAUAUUCGGUUAUUUUGGAGCCUCGAUUCAGGAUUUUUAACACAAUUUGCUGGAAAAUCUCCCAACGAAGAUUUUAAAUAUGUGCCUAUUAGUAUUCAUCCGCAAGUAUUCUAUGAUCUGUCAUUUUGGCUUCCAGAAGGUGUUGGUCCCAAGGAGAUGAAUGCUGAAACUUGUGAUUUAAUACGUUCUAUAGGUGAUCAGCUCAUUGAACAGGUUAAAAUAACCGAUACAUUCGAGCACCCAGAAACAAAGAGAAUAAGUCAAACCUAUCGUUUGGUAUACCGGAGCCAUGAAGAAGCUCUUACGAAAGAGACAGUGAAUAAAGUUCACUUUAAAAUCAGACAAAAAAUGGUUGAAAAUUAUGGUGUUGUAUUGCGGUGA